CGGUGUCAACUAGCGUUUCGCGCCUGUAUACGACGAAAAUCGCGCAUUUCAGCGUCUAGAUCUAUGCGAAUUUGAGGGUUCAUUCGCGGUUGAUUUACUAUUUGCAUUUAUCAUGUCGAAACGACAAAGUGGAAAUACUCUUUUGAACUAUUUCUCGAAGACACCCUCUACCCCGAAAAGUGCAAAGGUUGAGAACGGAGAUGCGGAAAAUCGCAAGGAAUCCAAGUGCGACGAUGCCGACAAAUCGGUUAUAAGCAAGCGUAAUUUUCCGAAGGAUGAGAGUUCAAGCGAAGAGGAGGUUGAGUUGUUUAAAUUCAAUUUAAAGAAACGUCGCAGGAUUCAGAGCAAUUCGGAUUCGGAUUCAGAGAAAGAAAAGAAAGUGCUCAAGGUUGAAAAGGUCGCGCCUGCAACCCCAAAAACCCCAAAAGCAAAAGUGAAGGACAUUUCCGAGACUGAAAAAGAAGCAAUCACUGGAGAUGAUGUGAAUUACGCCCACACCAGAUUGGAAUUCCUAAAACCGGAAAAUAUUAAAGAUGCUAAAGGACGGCGACCCACUGAUCCGAACUAUGAUCGCCGCACACUCUACGUACCCGAAAAAUUCCUUUCAACACUAUCACCUGGUGUUAGACAGUGGUGGGAUUUGAAAUCACAUAAUUUCGAUUGCGUUCUAUUCUUCAAAGUCGGCAAGUUCUACGAAUUGUACCAUAUGGACGCAGACAUUGCCGUGAAAGAACUUGAAUGCACUUAUAUGAGAGGGGAUUUUGCACAUUCCGGAUUUCCUGAAAUUUCCUAUGAAAAGAUGGCAACGAAACUUGUGGAACGUGGAUAUAAGGUUGCAAGAGUCGAACAAACAGAAACUCCUGAUAUGAUGGCGCAAAGAUGUAAAACCCAACGUCAAGUAACUAAAUUUGAUCGAGUUGUUAAACGGGAAAUUUGUCAGAUUACGAAUCGUGGAACGCAAGUUCCUGGAGUGCAAACAUCUUUCGAAGGGGAUCAUAAACCCAAUUAUAUGCUGGCCAUAAUUGAAAAGGUGGAAGAAACCGGUAGGACAUACGGAGUUUGUUUCAUUGAUACAGCCAUCGGAGAGUUCACAAUGGGCCAGUUUUCAGACGAUAAAAAUGCCUCUCGGCUUCGCACUCUUAUCUCCCAUAACUCACCUGCAUUGAUACUGUAUGGAAAGGAUAAAAUUUCAAAUGAAACGCAGCAUAUUAUUAAAACUGUUCUUUGUAAUGCUAUUAAGGAAAUGGUUCCAAAUACUCCGUACAUUUGGGAUGCCGAAAAAGCAUUUUCGAACUUAGUAGAAAAGUAUUUUGCAAACAACGAAGAUGCUAAGCUCCCGGAAACGAUAAAAGAAAUCAAAGACGAAGAUGGAUUAAAAUCGAAAAAAGUAUAUGAACUUUGUGUGAAUGCAUUAGGAGCUUGCAUUUGGUACAUGCAACAAUGCCUAAUUGAUCAGCGAGUUUUAUCAAUGGCUUCCUUUAAAAUCUACACACCUCCUGAUGUCCGCAUAACUACUACAGAAGAUGACAUCAAACCAGUAGUAGAUCAUAGACGUUAUAUGGUUUUAGAUGCAAUUACCUUAUCAAAUCUGCGUUUGAUUGGAGGAGAGCUAUCGUUGUUGAAUACCUUGGAUCAAUGUUGCACCAAAUUUGGCAAACGAUUACUUCACUUUUGGGUAUGUUGUCCCAGUUACAGUGUCAAUGAAAUUAAAAGAAGACAAGAGGCUAUUUCUGAAUUUAUUUCGAAAAAUAACAAAGCGGACGAAAUUCGCAGUUUUCUCAGCACACUUUCAGAUUUUGAAAAACAAUUGUCUCAAAUCCAUGGGUUUGGAGCUCGGCCUAGAAACUCGGAUCAUCCAGAUAGUCGAGCUGUACUUUUUGAGGAGAAAAUUUAUAACACGAAGAAAAUUCAGAACUUCAUUGGGUUACUUCGAGGCUUUGAAAGUUUGGUAGAUAUUCCUGAGAAAUUUUCUGAGUUUCAGUCGAGCAAACUCAUAAGAAAGCUAUCUCAACUUGCACCAGAAGGAGAAUACCCCGACUUAAAACCUCUAUUGGAGUUCUUCGAAAAUGCUUUUGAUCACAAAGAAGCACUAGAACAGGGUAUUAUUGCACCUGAAAAAGGAGUGGAUGUGGAGUUUGAUUCAGUUGAAGAAAAGAUUGAAAAUCUGAAAACCGAAAUGCAAGAGUAUCUUUCAGAACAAAAAGCUUACUUUGGAUGUGAAGUUAAAUAUUUUGGGAAUGACAAAAAACGUUUUCAACUCGAAAUUCCCGAGAAUAAGACUAAAAAGGCUACUUCCGAAUAUUUUUUGGAAGGCCAGAAGAAGGGGACACAUCCUGUACGACGUUAUAAUACAGCAGAAACUAAGGAUUUCUUAAAACGAAUGAUGCAAUUGGAAGACGAAAGAAAUAAAGUAUUAAAAGAGAUAGCAGGUCGCAUUUUUAAGCAGUUCUCUAGUCAUUACGCUGUGUGGAAAAAAUGCUUAGAUUGCAUAGCGGAACUAGAUGUAUUGCUAUCUUUGGCAGCAUUCACUAAAAACCAACAAGUGGUUUGCGUUCCCGAGGUUUACGAUAAUUCUGAAUCACCAUUUAUUGAAAUUGAAGAAGGAUGUCAUCCAUGCGUGGCUACAGCUGAUGACUUCAUUCCUAAUGACAUUACAAUUGGUGGGGAGUCAACAGGCUCACUGUUCCUGCUAACUGGUCCGAAUAUGGGCGGAAAGAGCACCUUGAUGCGACAAGUCGGAUUGAUUUCAGUAUUAGCACAAAUGGGUGCCCAUGUUCCUGCAAGAAGCUGUAGAAUGUCCUUAAUUGACCGAAUUUUCACUAGAUUGGGAGCACAGGAUGAUAUUUUAGCAGGACACAGUACAUUUUUGGUUGAACUGAAUGAAACAUCAUCAAUCAUCAAAGAUGCUACUAAAAAAAGUCUAGUUUUGCUGGAUGAAUUAGGUAGAGGCACAGCCACGUAUGAUGGAACGGCCAUAGCGGUUGCAGUGGCAAACUUUUUGGCUGAUUUAGGUUGCCGGUCCAUAUUUUCUACUCAUUAUCACAAUCUUAUACAUUACUUCCAAGACGAUAAACGUGUGACAUUGGGACAUAUGUCAUGCAUGGUGGAGAAUGAGGAUGAUGAAGAUCCCACCCAAGAAUCGGUGACAUUCCUCUAUAAGUUAGCCCCAGGUGCUUGCCCGAAAUCGUAUGGAUUCAAUGCUGCCAAAUUGGCAGGAAUGCCAAACGAAAUUACAAAGAGAGCUUCAAACAUUUCCAAAACAUUUAUGGAGCACUCAAUAAGAAAAAAAUUAUUUGCGAAAAUUCUUUGUAAAUCGAGCGUACCUAUGAUAAGGCAACUGAUCAAAUCACAAUAUUGAAGAAAAUAAGAUUUUUUCGUUUCGUUAUUGUUCUGUUAAUUACCUAUUAAAAUUAUGAAUAUUCGAAUACACACAAUUAUUAUUGAAUUGCAAAAACAUUGAUAUUACUUUUCCAAUGGAAAA